GAAGCCGCCACGUAAGGAGGGUGGCUUUUGGUGCGAAGUAGGGAAUCAUUUCUCUGUUCGUACACUGCCAUGGGAAAUUUCCGGUAACACGACGAACUCACUGAGUUAUAUUUCGUCGUGACUUAAGCGAGUUAUAUUUAGAAUUUAGACUUAGAAUCUGGAUCUUUCUUCUUCUUCUCUCUCUCUGUAUAGAUCUUGAUCCAUAGCUCUUCGAGGUUAGUAGUGGGAUUUCUUCAUCCGCCAUUACUGUUCGUGGAGUUUUUUUUUGGUAAAAGGGAAUUGCAGAUUCUUUUGGCGGGAACUCGAAACGUUUUGUCUUCCGAAUUGAGCAUUUGGAUCUUGGAAAGGGCAUGGGGGAAUCGGAGAAUUCGAAAGGGUUGAUAUUAGCAGUGGCAUCAAGCGUUUUUAUUGGCACCAGUUUCAUCUUGAAGAAGAAGGGUCUCAAACGAGCUGGUUCUAAUGGCACUCGUGCUGGGGUUGGUGGUUAUACUUACUUAUUAGAGCCUCUAUGGUGGGCGGGCAUGGUGACAAUGAUUAUUGGUGAGGUUGCCAAUUUUGUGGCUUAUGUAUAUGCACCUGCAGUUCUUGUGACCCCACUUGGUGCACUGAGUAUAAUAAUCAGUGCUAUUUUGGCUCACUUCUUGUUGAGGGAACAGCUGCAGAAAAUGGGUGUUCUGGGGUGUGUGUCUUGUAUUGUUGGAUCAGUCGUAAUUGUUAUUCAUGCACCUCAGGAGCAUACUCCACAUUCUGUUCAAGAAAUAUGGAAUCUAGCAACUCAACCUGCGUUCCUGGUUUAUGUUGCGGCUACACUUUCUCUUGUGUUUGGUUUGAUUGUACACUUUGAGCCUCGCUGUGGACAAACAAACAUACUAAUCUACUUGGGAAUAUGUUCUUUAAUGGGCUCUCUUACGGUUGUAAGCAUAAAGGCCAUAGGAAUUGCUAUAAAGCUUACCCUCGAUGGGGUAAGCCAAUUAGCUUACCCCCAAACUUGGUUUUUUAUAACUGUUGCAGUAAUCUGUGUAAUUACACAGUUAAAUUACCUGAACAAGGCGUUAGAUACAUUCAACACAGCAAUUGUUUCUCCUGUUUAUUAUGUCAUGUUCACAACUCUGACGAUCAUUGCAAGUGCAAUAAUGUUCAAGGAUUGGGCUGGUCAGGAUGUGAGUAGCAUAGCCUCUGAGAUAUGUGGAUUUAUCACUGUGCUGUCGGGAACAAUCAUACUUCAUGCAACCAGAGAGCAGGAACCUGCUCCUACACAAGGAAAUGUACAUUGGUAUAUCUCUGGAGAUUCAAGGAACCUUGAAGAGGAGCAUUUAAUAACCUUACGCGAUUCGGACUAUCUGGAGCACUAGUAUUUUUUUUUCCUUUUCAGAUUGGAGUAUAGAUGAAAAUUCCUAGCAAGUAGCAAUGAAGCAACACUGCCAUUUGCACCAAGUAUUGUUUGCAGAGAGGGAGAGAGAGAGAGAGAGAGAGAGAGAGAGAGGAAGCUGCUUUCUUUUGUGAAUGAAUCCUGGAUUGACAGUGGAGAUUGCAACAACGUCUUCUAUGCAUCUCUCUCUUCACUGGCUUGGGAAUAGACCCUUCAAUUGAACCAACCCCAUCUAGAAGUGUGGUUCCAUUGUAGAGGCUUCAAGGGGGUUGUUGCGGCGGGUGCUUGCUUCCAAGUUCAUGAAAUUGUUUAUUGUGAUCUCAGCGUUGUCUUUUUUUGUCCAUGACAAGCUUAUUUUUGCUUGUACAUAUUUAUAGAAAUCUUUAUUAUUAUUUUUUCUUCUUCUUCUUCUUAUCCUUUGUAUAAGGGUAUCCGUCCAUACUCCAUAGCUUCCAUAAUUCUUUAGUUAGUUUGUUUGUUUCGUUUCCAUCUCCUUGUAUUAAUGUCCAUUUUUUUUGUCACUGUUGAGAGUUGACUAGGUAUCCUUGCGGUUGUAAAUUUCAUAUUUUGAAUUAUACACAUUCUUUUACUGCCUA